AUGAGGGACGAAGAGGGAAACUACAGCGAAGUCAUGGAAUUUUGUGCAGGCGGGGACUUGUUCUCACUUAUAAAAUCUGCCGGCAAGCUCAUGCCAGGCGAGGCUGACUGCUUCUUCAAACAACUGAUGCGCGGCGUCGAGUUCCUUCACGAAAUGGGAGUUGCGCACCGGGACAUUAAACCAGAGAACAUACUUCUGACCAUCGACGGUGUUAUAAAGAUAACGGACUUUGGUUCCUGCGACUGUUUCAGGAUGGCAUGGGAAUCCGAUGUUCGAAUGGUCUCUGGCAUACGCGGAUCUGAGCCUUAUGUCGCGCCUGAGGAGUACACAGAGACGGAAUUCGAUGCCCGAGCCAUUGAUGUGUGGGCCUGUGGCGUCGUCUUUGUGGUCAUGCGUACCGGCCGCUACUUCUGGGGAAAAGCAAGCAAGGUCGAGGAUAAACUUUAUGCUCGCUAUUUGGAAGAUCGCCGGAUUGAAAGUGGUUACGCCCCUAUUGAGGCUUUUCACAGGACCUAG